AUGAGAAUCUUGGCGCCCCAGAAGAAUGAAAGCUCAGAAGACAUUCUCAUUGCUCAGCACGAAGACAAUAAACUUAGAAAAUAUGAGACUACAAUUAAGCCGCACCGACAAACAUUGUGCAGGUUGGCAACUGUCCACAUUAGAAAGCUGGUCCAGAGCAAAGGUGUCCAUCCAAUGCAUCCCGAAAAUUUCCAAAUAAACAAAGACAAACAAGUCAAAGAGUUCUACAGCCACGGAGACAUGGUCAACCUCUCAACCGUUUACAGUAACGUAACUCAAGGACCCGUUCUUGAUAAUAUGACAGAAAUAAUAAGGGUGACCAUCUUGAUCCUGAUCGUGAUGUCUUUCACAAUUUUCUACCACUGGCUGGCCAUUUUGCUCCAUAUCUACUUCACCACACCGCGCCUACGAGAAAUGGCACGUUAUGUGCUUUUUGUUCACAUGCUUGUCACCGAUAUGUUGUAUCUGCUGAUUUCAUUUGUUUUGUUCAUUUCUUCUGUUUAUCUUUUCUACAUGCCGGUACCAGUGUGCUACGCCUUAAGCACCUUUGCAGCUUCCUCCUUUCGGGUCACACCUUACAACCUGGCCAUUAUGUCAAUAGAGCGUUAUAUAGCAAUCUGUUCCCCGUUAAGACAUGGUGAAACUUGCAAUGUCCACUGGUGUAAUUCUAUGAUUGUUCUCAUGUGGGCGUUGGGGUUAGUCCCCAUUGCCAUUGACUUUAUUGCUAUGAAUUUCUCUGUUACCCGAGACUUUUACUCCCUCCAUAUGAUGUGCAACUGGCUCUAUUUUUCAAAGAACCAGGUACAAAGCACUGUAAGAUCUCUGGUCCUCAUUCUCAGCUUCUCCAUGGUGGGACUCAUUAUCUUGUACACCUAUGUCAAGGUCAUGGUGGCUGCUAAAAAAAUAAGUUCCGGCAAGUCUUCUGCCUUCAACGCCGGGAAAACGGUCCUGCUCCACGCAUUUCAGCUUUUGUUAUGCAUGAUCUCCUUUUUCACUUCCUUCAUAGACAUGUACAUGAGAUACAACUACGCCUUUGUUCCAUCAGUCAACUUCUUCUUCUUCAUGUGUCUUCCAAGGUUCAUCAGCCCUCUCAUUUAUGGGAUAAGAGAUAAUGUUUUCCACAGUGUGGCCGGGAUGGUGUUGGGCUGUGGCAGCAUGACAGUGUUUAUGUAUGGUGAAUGCAACAUUUUUAUUUAUAUUGUGGUGGAUGCAGGAAGUGGAGCUGGAAUUAAAGUGGGCAGGAAUGACCACACCUACCAGGUCAACCGUAACAGAGCUGGAAAUUAUGACAGGGAGAUCUCAUUGCUGGAGCAACCAAAACAUCUAAGGACCCUGGCACUGACUAAGUCCACCAGGCUCCACUUUGCACUAAAAUAUAAUUUUCACGUAGACUGA